AUGAAUGUUUUUAAAAGCGAAUAUUAUAAAAUAAAUUAUUACUAUUUAAAGCUCUUGGGUUUAUGGCCUAACGAAAAUCAUUCGAGAAAAAAAUUUAAACGAAUAACAGUUAUAUUUCUUAUUGUUUCACUCUUGAUACCUCAGUACAUUAGAUUAUUCGAAGAAUGGGGUCGAGAUGUUGAUAUCGUGAUAGAAUUGAUCGGAUCAAUUUUUUAUUUUACAGGCUCACAAAUGAAAUACAUGAGUUUUGUACGAGUUGAAUCUAAGAUGAAAUUUAUUUUCGAAGAAAUAUCGCGACAUUGGAAUACGUUAACUGAUGCAAAAGAACAAAAAUUGUUACGUGAAAAUGGACGAUAUGGACGAAUCAUAGCUCUUGGUUACAUAAUACCAAUCAACAUAAUCUUGGUCGUGUACAUCACUGUGCCGCUUGCACCGGCAGUGCUCGAUAUAAUAGACCCUUUGAAUGAAUCCAGGCCUAAAGCGUUUCCUUACUUUGCCGAAUAUUUUAUAGAUGACCAAAAAUACUAUUUUGAGCUGACGAUUCAUGGUUGGAUAGUGUGUAUUUUAUCAGUACAGAUUUACGCGACCUUCGAUACAACUUAUCAAUUAUGUAUGCAGCAUGUGUGUGCCCUCUUUUCUAUCGUUGAGAAUCGUAUACGUGAGGCGAAUAAAUUAUCUUGGAGAGGUAACUCGGAUUCGGAUCACAAAAUUCAAAUGCGCGAUCGCAGCUAUGAGCGAAUGAUUCAAGCCGUUGUUUUGCACAAAGAAGCUAUGAGAUUUAUUGGUUUAAUUGAAGAGUGCUAUACUUUCGUGUAUUCUUAUGUAGUAUUGGCUAAUACUCUUCUUCUGAGCUUGACUGCUGUCGAUACGAUGCUAAAUUUUGAAAAAGGCAACUUCAAACAAAUGAUUCGACUAGGAAUGUUAUACAUUGGAUUUUCUUUUCAUUUAUUGUACAAUAUGAAUCCGGGGCAAAACGUAAUUGACAGCAGUGUCCACAUUCAAGAAGCAGCUUUUCAUACUAAUUGGUAUGACUCUUCAUCAAAAACGAAACAGCUGUUACGUAUUAUUAUGAUGCGUUCUUGGAGACCCUGCAAAUUAACUGCAAAUGGAGUUGUUACUUUGAAUUUAGAAACUUUUGCAUUCGUAUUUAAAAAGUCUAUAUCUUACGUAGCAGUGAUAGGCUCUGUUCGUUAA